AUGGUCUGGGAGAAGCGCAAGCGCGUGAAGCCGACAAUCUUCCAGGUGGAAGACUAUGAGCCGAAGAAGCGACAGGCAAAGCCGGCGUCGAAGAAGGCUGCUCCUUCCAAGGCCAAGGCGACGACCAAGUCGAAGAAGCAGGAGACAGCGUCGGACGAUGCCGAGGUCAAGCCAGCCAAGAAGGCAAAGACCAGCGCCAAGAAGGAGCCAACGCUCAGCAAGGGUCUCGAUAUCGCCGAGUUCAAGAAGCUCCUGGGCAGCCCGUUCUAUCUGGAAGACGGCGCCGAGUGGCAUGGUACCGACAUCGACUUUGACGAGCUCGCAACGUUGCGAUCGAUGUGGCAGCUUCCGGCCGCGUGCCACAUCCUCUGGCUUCUCCAGCGACCACUCAACCUGAAGAUCUACGGCACGCUGCGCGAGUACGAAGCGGCGCUCCUCAACCCCGAGACGAGCGUCGUGCUUGAAGAGUACAUUCGCGAGAUGGAGGACGACGAUCUGCGUGUGCAGCCCAUUGGCACGGACCGGACCGGGAACCGGUACUUUUACUAUGCGCAGUUUUACCAAGAGCGCCGCGUGUACCGUCUCUCGGCCGACGCCGAUGCGUCCUGGGAGCUCUGGGCCAAGGGAUUGGACACUGUCACGGCGCUGCACGACGCCCUCUUGCUUGCCAAGAAGCGCGGGCGCCAUGUCGCUGGCGAGACCGAGCUCCUCGACCAUGUAGAAGCGAUGCUCGAGAUGAUGCACAACGACGCCGCCGACAUGAAGCGCGAAGAAGAGAAGGCGCUCAAGCGCGCGAUUCUCGAAGCAAUGCCCCGCAAGCGCUCGGCGCGAAUCCAAGUGCUCACGAUGGAGAAGUUUGAAGAAGAGCAGCAAGAGCGCGACACCCGCCUGGCGCAAGAAGCCGCCGAGGAAGAGCGCCGACGGCAAAAGGAAGAUGCUGCUGCCGCCAAGGAGAAGGAGCGCAAGCGUCUCUUAGCGGAGCAAGACCAGCGCCAGGCGAUGAAUACGGACCGACUAACGCGGCGCCAGAAGAAGCUCGCCGAAGAAAAGGCGUAGCCACUGGCAAUCAAGUGCUGAUUGAGUCAUCUCUCUAUCGUCUCGUUUGUCCAACGGCGACCUUCGUCCAUGGCGAAUGGGCCCGACGCUUGUAACGUGUCGCUCGACCCCACGACGCCACCUGUGACUCACACUACAAAUCGCAGCUUCGGCACGCUACAUACCGC